CGGGAAUGACCCAUUGGGUGAUUCCCGUAAACAUAGAUUUAAGUAAAAUCGUAUUAGACUUCAGAUGUGCACACAUAGAAGUAUGUGUUUUUGACACGGAUACAUAGAUUUUUGGUUCAGGCAGGCUCUCGACAACCAAAAGUAUGCAAAAAACACAUAGAUUUUUUGUAAUUCUCGACUCAAAAAUUCAUUAGUCACAAGCAAUUGACAACGCUGGGGGAAUGCAGUUUUUUUCUGUUAAUUUCAAGCAGAAUUCCAUAUUCCAAAUUAAGCACAUUUAGCGAGACACAGUCUAUGACACUCAAAUCUAUGUAGUCAGAUUUUUAUUCCCGUUAAGUCAUAAAUGCGAUUUAUGCCAGCAUAGAUUCUAUGUUUACGGGAAUCACCCAUUUACUACAGUAAUGGAAAAAAGGAAAAAAUAAAUUUUACGAGUUCGUACUCGGAACACUGCGUACGGUACGUACGCUACGAUAGCAUAAUUUGCAAAAAAUAAUGAUGUGAACUGUAGGCAAGGUUGAGUCAAAUUUAGUGUUCUCUUUCUUAUUCUCUAUUUCUUUGAAAUAGGAGCUAUCCACCCAGCUCUAAUAAUCACGGCGCUCGUGCCGGAAGUCACUCCUCUUGUACUCUUUACCAUUCUUUUGAACGAACUGAUCUACUCCUCCUCUUCGUCGUCGUCGUCGUCGUCAUCGUCAAGUUCUCCAUUAGCAAAAAGAGAUUCCGCCUUCUCGAUGAGCAUCUCGUCGUCCGAGUCGACAUCAUUGAGCAGCUGGCGACAUUCUUCGUGGCUAUUUCCCAUUGUUCUGGGGCGAGUAAUUACUAGUUUGACCGUAUAAGCACCGCCGUUGUCGCCAAAUUUGUCAUCGAAUGCAAGGCAAUUCAAAACACCAUCUUCCUCGCAGACUUUUGACAUAAUAUGUCCAGCAUCUUGUCGGACUGGAAACCAAGAAUUUGCGUUCACAAUAUGUGCUGGACAAUAUCGCUGUUGACGUCCUUUAUCCGGCACCGAUUUUCCUAGCCUGUACUUUUUCUUGCUACUGGCAUAAAUUGGUCCCUUAGCUUUGGGCAUGCACAUGAUGAUGCCUCCUUCAUCUCUUGCAAAUUUUUGUUUCCCGAUCUUCAUGCCGUACCCAUCGCGUUGUUUGUUUCCAUUAGCAGGACUGUUUUUUUUUAUUUUGUCUGAAUCUUUAUUAAAUUGAACUUCCCUCUUCUUCUGAGUAUCCUUGUCAAACAGAGCCUUCGCUGCGUUUUUUACUUUAACGACACCCUGAAUGAGGCCGAUAAUGCCUUCAACCCUUGAUAAAGGUUUCGCGGUGAAUGAUCCAAUGCCGCUCAAGCUUUGAAUCUCAACUUUAUCGCCCUUUUUGAGUCCAUCGAGAGUUAGUCCAGAGCUAUCGUUGCAGCUGAUAGUUGCCCAAAUCUGCAUACUCACUGUGUCCUUUGGGACUACAGUAUCAGGCUUGAAAGUGAUGUCUGCAGCACCUGGAAGCACACUGUCUUCCAUAGGAGGAGCGGAAUACAACGAAGUCUGCGGACUUUGGCUCGCACUCUUCGUUGGUGCAAAUCCCUGAGCGGAUUGAACAAGGAAAAGAAACUUGAUAACGUUGGCGUUGAAGUAUCUCAUGGUAACGAUUGCACUUUGAUAAUGUUUGGAAAAGAUUGAAAUUAGUAAAAUACUUUUGUGUAAACUUUUGCUUCUUGAUUGAUCAAGAUUGUAUUUUAUGAGGUAUCGAAGUGAAGAAAAUUUGAAGGACAAGCGGAAGUAAUUUCGUCCCUACGCAAUAGCACAAGAUUUGACAUCCCUUGUCAGAAUGGUGGUUGUUGAAGGAAUCAAACGGCAUUACGUCAGAUCACCUUUCAGUAUCGUCUCUAAGUAAUACCACAAGCUUUGACAACCUGUGUCAGAAUUCUGGUUGUUGAAGGAAUCAAACUACAUUACGUCACAUCACCUUGCAGUAUCAUCUCUACGUAAUACCACAACAUUUGACAACCUGUGUCAGAAUUCUGGUUGUUGAAGGAAUCAAACGGCAUAACGUCACAAAUAGCUGUCGUCAGGUUAUCGUCGUAGUCUUCGAGCGUGAAAGAAAGUGGAGAAUUGAAGGAAUCCAACAGGUGCAACGUGGCGAUCUGAUUCCAAUUCUAUCUGUACGUCGUUUAUAAGAAAAAAGGUAGAGCGGUAUGUUCGAGGGUGCCAGUGGAUUGUGGUCGAAGAACGACGGUGUCAGAACUCUACAAGCAUCUUCCACGUUGAUUCUCGGCAUCAAGUGCACGAGGUCUACUCUCGUCAGAUGUGCGCCUCCGAUAUUAUUGGCUUUGUGUUGAAGAAACCACGAAUUUAAUAUUGACAAUCGUGUAUAGGAAACUUUGAGCGAAAUCUAUUGCUUCCUUCCAAAGGGCGUGAAAGUAAAAUAUCAUAAAAGUAUUAUCAUUUUUCUUUUCUGUUCGAAAAAAUGAUUGAAAACGAGAAGAAUUUUCAUUCAUGUUUCAAGGACUAUCCAUAUUAUCGAUUGCUCCCAACGGGAUUUAGCCUCACAGUCUAUAUCAAUUCAGAACCGAAAAUACGGUUUGCAUUUUGGUAUUGAUAUCGUUCUAUCUGUCAAAAAAUGAGGUAUCCAGUGCGUAUCCAAAUUUCAAACGAUGGCACUGCAUAGAUAGUUUCUUCUUAAAAAAUUAAUAAGUUGAAGAGCCAAACAAAGUAUAAGCAAAGUA